AAGUCUUCUCGCUUCCCUUGCAGUUUGCCUCUUCCACUCUCUCUAUAAUACCAUACCCAUCUCACAUCUCUCUCUCAGGUCAAUCCAUCAUUCCUAUUCCUUCUUCUUUCUCUUUUAAUUCUAAAUCACACACUCCAUCUCUAGAAUCUUCUUUCUCUUCUUCCUUUAAACCUUCUUUUUCCUCUCUUCCUUGCUUCCAUGGCUUCCGAUCUUGAGGCGAAAGCCAAAGAAGCCUUUGUCGAAGACCACUUCGAACUCGCAGUGGACCUUCUAUCUCAGGCAAUUAACCUCGAACCCAACAAAGCCGAACUCUAUGCAGACCGCGCUCAAGGCAACAUCAAAUUGAACAACUUAACUGAGGCUGUUGCUGAUGCUAACAAAGCAAUUGAAUUGAAUCCUUCUCUGCCAAAAGCAUAUUUACGGAAAGGUACUGCAUGCUUGAAGCUUGAGGAGUAUCAGACUGCCAAGGCUGCUCUGGAGAUUGGUGCUUCAUUGUCUCCAGACAACCCAAGAUUUGUUAAUUUAAUCAAAGAGUGUGAUAAGCUCAUUGCAGAAGAAUCUUAUACCACCAUACCUAUACAGGAAAAGACCAUAGCGCGGGAUGAUAAUCCAAAAGAUGUUCAACAACAGGAUGAUCUUCCAGAGAAGCCACCAGUUGCUGUGAAUAAACCUAAAUAUAGGCAUGAAUUCUACCAGAAACCUGAUCAGGUGGUUGUAACCAUAUUUGCAAAGAAAAUCCCCAAGGAAAGCAUAACUGUUGAAUUUGGCGAACAAAUACUAAGUGUUAGUAUUAAUGUCCCAGGGGAAGAUGCAUAUGUUUUUCAAACUCGCUUAUUUGGAAAGAUUGUACCCUCCAAUUGCCGGUAUGAAGUAUUGUCAACCAAAAUUGAAAUUCGGCUUGAGAAAGCAGAAGCUAUUCAUUGGUCAUCUCUUGAAUUCACCAAAAACGUUGUAGUUCCACAGAGGGUUAAUGCCUCUUCAGUUACUGCAAGUCAUAGACCUUCUUACCCGUCCUCAAAACAAACCAGAGAUUGGGACAAGAUCGAAGCUCAAGUCAAGAAAGAGGAGAAAGAUGAAAAGCUCGACGGGGAUGCUGCAUUGAACAAAUUUUUCCGGGAAAUAUACCAAGAUGCAGAUGAGGAUACCAGAAGAGCAAUGAAAAAGUCAUUUGUGGAGUCUAAUGGAACUGUGCUGUCUACAAACUGGAAAGAAGUAGGAUCAAAGAAGGUGGAGGGAAGUCCUCCUGAUGGCAUGGAGUUGAAGAAAUGGGAAUAUUAAGAUACUUUCUGAAUCAAUGUUUAUAUAUAAUUUGGUGUGCGAUUAUGCUUUUAAUGCUUUCUGUUGGUUAGUUAACUGCUGAACUAGAGAUAUUAUUUUCUUCGAAUUUUUUUUUUCUUAAGGUUUGUCCGUCUUCGCUUGGACCUGAAUUCAUGGUUGUUGGUUGAGCACAAGGCUGUUUCUAUUUGGUUAAUAUAAUGCUACUUUCUGGUUUA